AUGGAUAUAGAUUUAAGAAAAUAUUUACAACAAAAUCAUAAUCAACUUACAUGGAAAGAUAGAAUUAAAAUUACUUAUGAAAUAAUCCUUGCACUUAGUUAUAUUCAUGAUGAGAAGGCAAUUCAUAGAGAUUUGCAUUCUGGAAAUAUAUUAUUUUCGCAAUUUAAUGAUCGUUGGUAUAUUAGUGAUCUUGGAUUUUGUGGACCUGCUGAUAAAUCUUCAACAAGUAUAUAUGGAAAUCUUCCUUACAUAGCACCCGAAGUUAUUGUUGAAAGAGAAUAUACUUUUGCAUCUGAUAUUUAUAGUAUUGCAAUUCUUAUGUGGGAAAUUUCAUCUGGACAACCACCAUUUAUAAAUUAUGAACAUGAAAAUGAUAUUGUAAUGAAUGUUAUUAAUGGUUUAAGACCAAAAAUUGUGCCAGGAACUCCAUUAGAAUAUAAAAAUUUAAUGAAAGAAUGUUGGGAUGCUGAUCCAUUAAAAAGACCUGAUGCUAAUGCACUUAUUUAGAUUAUCAAAAUACGCCAGAUGAAUUAUUUUAAUCA